GAACGGUGGUGGUGUGGAGGAUGUUCAGACUACGGCCGCGGGCCAGGAUGCUCCUGCGGAUGAGACGCGCGCCUCAAGCCAUGCUUCCGAUGCUCCCGGCUCACCGAAACUCCUAGACGACGAUGGUGAAGAUGAAGAGAUGGGCGGGACAGACACGGUCCCCAAGACUGAAGGCGCUGCCGGUGACGAAGGCGCCGAGGUUGAUGUUGGCGCGGUGCCACAGGCUUCAGAGGACGCCGGUGACGAGCAACCAGCUCACGCCAAGGCAUCCCUCGAGGCCUCCGCCCGCUCGCAUCUCGUUGCGCAGACCCAUGCCAUCAUCCUUCCCAGCUACUCUACUUGGUUCGACAUGCACACCGUCCACCCCAUCGAGAAGAAGGCCCUGGCCGAGUUUUUCAACGGCCGGAAUCGCAGCAAGACGCCCGCCGUUUAUAAGGACUACAGAGACUUCAUGAUCAACAGUUACCGCCUUAAUCCUAUUGAAUACCUCACCGUCACUGCGUGCCGCCGAAAUCUUGCGGGAGAUGUCUGUGCGAUCAUGCGCGUGCAUUCCUUCCUCGAACAGUGGGGGUUGAUCAACUACCAGGUUGAUCCCCAAACCCGCCCCUCCAACAUCGGCCCUCCAUUCACAGGCCAUUUCCGAGUGGUUGCCGACACCCCUCGAGGACUGCAACCAUUUCAGCCCGGCCCUAACCACGUGGUAACGUCAGGAAAGCCCCUUGCUGCCACUGAUCGUGCUGCGUCGGCGACUCCUGCCACUAAAGCCGAUCUCAACCUGGAAAUUCGUCGUAACAUCUACGAUGACAAGGGUAAGGAGAUCACGCCUGCCGAGGACAAGGAGAAGCAACAAACAAAUGGAGAUGGUGUCGCCACGAACGGUGCCACCGGUGAUGUGACCAAGACCAUCGAGAACGCCGCCCGAGAGCCCGCAAAGAAGGCCCACUGCUUCUCGUGCGGUAUUGAUUGCACUCGGCUCCGAUUCCACUAUGCCAAGUCCACCCCGGCGACAGCAAACCCGAACGCCCCCGAUUCCAAGUAUGACCUCUGCCCGAACUGCUUCCUUCAAGGCCGGAUGCCGUCCAGCCAUAGCGCGUCCGACUUUGUCAAGUUGGAGGAUAAAUCUUACUCGUCCAUCCCAGACAAAGAUGCCCCGUGGUCCGACUCGGAGCUUGUGCUGCUUCUAGAGGGUCUAGAGAACUUUGACGACAACUGGGAUCAGAUCGCAAGCCACGUCGGCACUAGAACGCGAGAAGAGUGUGUCAUGAAAUUCCUCCAACUCGAAAUCGAAGACAAGUACGUCGACGACCUGCCGGGCACGCGUGCGGGUGCAGGCCGCGAGCCCAUCACUCAGAUGGAGAACCCCGUCCUGUCGGUGGUGGCUUUCCUGGCCCAGAUGGCGGAGCCGACGGUUGCUGCGGCUGCAGCUGGCCGGACGGUCGAUGAGAUCCGCCAGAUCCUGAAGAAGCAAUUGGAGAAGGGGACAUCAGCCGACGAUUCGUCUGAGCAAGCCAACAAGGGUAAGGAAAAGGAAGGCGGCGAAGGACUCAAGGCCGAAGACGCCAUGGACGUCGACAGCAUGACCACAAGCAAGACUGCAGUGGCAGGCCCGGACAAGACUUCUUCUGCCAAGCCGUCGCUCGGGACGGUUGCCCUAGCGACCUCUGCAGCGCGCGCGGGGGUGCUGGCCUCCCACGAGGAGCGCGAGAUGACACGCUUGGUCUCCGCCGCGGUCAACGUGACGAUGCAGAAGUUCGAGAUCAAGCUCCAGCAGUUCAACGAGAUGGAGGAGAUCAUCGAGGCAGAGCGGCGCGACCUGGAGCAGGCGCGGCAGCAGCUCUUCCUCGACCGGAUAGCGCUCAAGCGCCGCGUCAAGGAAGUGCAGGACGCCCUGCAGGCCAUCAGCCUCAAGGCCCCCGGCGAGGACACCACCAGCCUUAUCUCCGACAUCGCCGCCGCGGGCAUGGGCAACCGCUACAACUUCCAGCCUGCGGGCUCCGACCCGAGGACAAACGUCCAGCCGUGGAGUGCAGAGCCGGGAGCAGACUUCAAAGCACUUGAUCUGUAGAAACAAAACAGAAAGGAAAGACCGAAAAAAAAAAGAAAAGAAAAGAACCCGUCAAUAACUAUG